AUGAUCGAAGUAGAUAUAGACGAAGAUUUUGAGUACGUUGUGAAUCGAAAGAAACCCGAGAGGAUUUGCUUCGGUAUGACCGGCGACAGGAAAACGUUAUUCGAUAUUUUCAAAUUCCAAUCGAAAUGUGGACCACAGACGUAUCACAUCCAUACAUUCAACAAACCUAGAAGCAAGAGGGGAAUGGCUGGAAUCGGAAAUAUAUCGAAACGUACGAUGCCUAUAAAUCAUACAGAUACACCGAGCCCUUGCAAGUACAACGUAAUCUCAAAGAUGAAACCGAAAUCAAAUUUCGUACCAUUUAAUAGCUCUGUAAAAGUACGAAAAGGAAUUGUGCUGAAAGAAGGACCUGGGCCCACCGUUUAUAAUGCUUAUAAAGUAAAUAAAUGUAAACGUACAGAAUUCGAUUGCAAUUUCGGACAUCCUUGUAUGAUCCAAAACGUGGAAAUGGUUUGCAUUAAUUAUCCUACCGAGAAGUGCGUCAAGUGCGAGAGGCCUUUCGAAGUAGGCGACCACUGGCACUACCAUUAUUCCAUCUAUUUGUGUACUUUUUGCAUGGAUGAAGAGCAUCGCCUUCAUGAGUUGUACACACCAAAUGAAUUGAAAACAUUUAAAAAAAUAAGAACUUGCAACUAUAUGCAUAAACACGAAAGAACUUCUGCAAAAAUACGACUUUUGACGCAACACGAGAUCAACAAGAAAAUACGGCUUGAGAACUAUUUAGCUCUUUAUUUGAAAUGUUAUUAA